GGGGGCGGGAGCCGGCGCGGCGGCGGCGGAGCGGCGGAGCGGAGCGGAGCGGAGCGCGGCCCCGGGCAUGCUCCCGGAGCCCAAGUAUGACCGCUUCCGCGACGAGCCGCUGACCGCCCCCAUGCCGUCGCCGGCCCCCGGCGCCCCCGGGCCGUGCCCCGCGGCGGGCGAGGAGCCCGAGCCCGGCACCACCUUCUGCGCGCUGCUGCCGCGGAUGCCGCAGUGGAAGUUCCCCGGCCCCGGCGGCUUCCUCGGCCGCGGCCCCGCCGGCGCCGGCCGGGAGCUCUCCGCGCAGACACGGGCGGGCGGCGCCGCGGCCGCGGGGGCCCCCUCGGGGCUGGCCGCCGUGCUGGGCGCCUGCGAGCCGCUCUGCGCCGCGCCCUGCUCGGGGCCGGCCGGCGGGCGGCCGCGGGGGCCGGCGGCGGCGGCGGCGGCGGCGGGGCGGGCGGCGCGGGCGGAGGCGGCCCGGCCGGGCGGGGAGGAGUGGAGCCGCAAGGGCAGCUUCAUCCGCAAGCCGGCGCAGGGCUGGCUGCACCCCGACGAGCGGGUGCUGGGGCCCGGCGUCUCCUACAUCGUCCGGUACAUGGGGUGCAUCGAGGUGUUGCGCUCCAUGAGGUCCCUCGACUUCAACACCCGGACACAGGUCACCAGGGAAGCCAUCAACAGACUGUACGAGGCGGUGCCGGGCGUGAAGGGCAUCUGGAAGAAGAAGGCUCCCAACAAAGCCCUCUUCUCCAUCCUGGGCAAGAGCAACCUCCGCUUUGCUGGCAUGAGUAUCGCUGUCAACAUCUCCGUUGAUGGGCUGAACCUCAUGAUCCCCACUACACGCCAGAUCAUCGCCAACCACCACAUGCAGUCCAUCUCCUUUGCCUCCGGUGGGGACACGGACACCACGGAUUAUGUCGCCUAUGUCGCCAAGGACCCCAUCAACCAGAGAGCCUGCCACAUCCUGGAGUGCUGCGAGGGGCUGGCGCAGAGCGUCAUCAGCACGGUGGGACAGGCCUUUGAGCUGCGCUUCAAGCAGUACCUGCACAGCCCCCCCAAGGUGGUGGCACCCCCAGACAGGGCGCUGGGUGCAGAGGAGUCGGCCUGGGGGGAGGAUGAGGUGGCUGAGCACGAUUACUACAACAGCAUCCCAGGGAAGGAGCCGCCCCCAGGGGGGCUGAUCGACUCCCGGCUCCAGCAUGGCACGAUCCUGGGUCACAUCCGCACUCAGCCCUCCAGCUCUGGUGUUCCCAGCCAGGGCGGGUUUGCAGCCAGGCGAGAACAGAGCAGCCAGUUGGGGCCGCCCUGGGACUUGGAGAGCCAGGGCCAGCCCUGCGAUGGGUACCUGCAGGCAGACGGCCACCCCCUGGGGCCACAGGACUACGAGGAGCACAUGUACGUGAACACGCAGAGCCUGGACGCCUGGGAGCCGGAGGCAGCGGCUCACGGGGUGCUGGAGGAGAGCCCCAAAAAGGACCUCUUUGAUAUGAGGCCCUUCGAGGAUGCCCUGAAGCUCCAUGAGUGCAUUGCUGGGGGCAGCACCAGCCUCCCCAUCGAGGACCAGUGGCCGAGCCCCCCCACGCGGAAAGCCCCCAUCGCCCCCACGGAGGAGCAGCUCAGGCGGGAGCCAUGGUACCAUGGGAAGAUGAGCCGGCGGGAUGCUGAGAGGCUCCUGCAGAUGGACGGGGACUUCCUGGUGCGGGACAGCCUCACCAACCCGGGGCAGUACGUGCUGACCGGCAUGCACAGCGGGCAGCCCAAGCACCUGCUGCUGGUGGAUCCCGAGGGCGUGGUGAGGACCAAGGAUGUGCUGUUUGAGAGCAUCAGCCACCUCAUCAGCCACCACCGGCAGAACGAGCAGCCCAUCGUGGCUGCAGAGAGCGAGCUGCACCUCCGCCAGGUUGUCCGGAGGAAGCAGUGAUGCCAGGGGGUACGUGAGCCCCCAACUGCUCCCCUGGCACUGGACUCACCCCAGCCCCAGGGCAAGCCAGAGCCCCUCCACUCUCCCCUCCUCUGAUUGUGCCUGGCCUCUGGGGUAGGCAAAGCCCCCUUCACCCCCAGGGUUGGGCUCCUGAUCCCCCUCCUCAGCGGGGUUUUGCAGUCACUGACCCCAAAGGACCCCCCCACUCUGCUGCCUCUCUUCCGUCAUCUGCAUAGGGCCCCUUGCCCAGCUGGACACAAAGACUUUUAUUCCACAUGCAGAGAUGAAACUGCGAAGGUGGGAGCUGGUGGCUGGUCUCACUGAGCGAGUAGGGGCCCGAAGCCAGCCUGAGCAGUGCUGCCCACUCCUGCCCAGGCUGUGCCCAGCUCACCGCAGAGAGGGAGGGGGCGUGGGUGGGCAUUGCGGUGGGGCUGCCCUGUCCCCCUCCUGCCCCAAAGCCCUGCCUGCACAGGGCUGGUUGAGCUGCUGGUACCACUGGCCCCUGUUGCCCAGAACUGCGGCCCCCCGCACCGGCUACGUCCCAGCACAUGGAAUUGGUCUCUGGAUGAUGAUGGAGCAAACAGUGUCGGGGCUGGCGCCAGGAGCCUUGUCCCAGGGCUCCGUAGGUGGGAUGGGGCGAGCAGGCUUGGUGUGCACGUGCAUGUGUGCGUGCGCAUAUCCGUGUGUGUGUGCGUGCGUAGGUAUGUGAGGGGCAGCCAGGGGACCAGCCCCCUGCACACUGAGCUGUGCCUCUCGCCCAGCGCUGCUGCUCAGGACCCAGCUCCCUGCCUCGGUCCCUCUCUCUGGAACAAUGUUCAGGGGGUGCCCCCACCCAUGGGGUGCCCCAUCAGUGGGGGCUGUAGCCCCCGGCUUGGCUCUGCCUGUGGGGCUGACUCAAGUGUCUCUUUGAGGCCGGCGCUGCUGGAAUAUCCCUGUCGCUCCCACCUUUCCAGCUGGAUUCUCCCCAGCAGUGGCUGCCAUGUGAGGCUCCCAGCGGUCCCUAGCCCCUACAGCCCUCCCCAGGCCGGGGCCAGGACGAAGCUGUGGUGGGAAAGAUGCAGGGCGGGGGGAGCUACCGGCACUGGCUCACGAGGCUGGGGCUGCUGGGAAGAGAGGUGUCCCACAGCCCCCGAGGACCCCCCCGGCCGGCUCGGGGCUUUGGCAGGUUUUUACAGCAUACACAGCCCCUUCUCCAGCGUGUCUGGCGCUCGGUGCGGGUUUGUGGUUUGGAAUACAUUUCUAAUUAAACGUGGAAAUGAGCGAA